UUGCCAUGCUGGUGUUUGUGGUCGGCCACCUCCACCCUCGCGUGAACCAAAGUAUUGUGGGAGGGCUAGAAAAUACUACGAAUGUCUGCAUUAUACAGUUAUGAAAAAAAACCACUGCACCUUAUUGCAAAGAGAAAUAGCCACGCAGAGGAUGUUUGAAACUGUAACGAACAUGGCCCGAAUGCGCUGCAAAACAACAUCUGCAAGUGAUGGAACAUGUGAUGUGGAUUCUUGCGUUUAUCCCAACAGCAGCUCAAAAUCUUUCUGCCACAAAGCGAUUGCGUACAAGGGAUGCACACUAAAAGCCUAUAUAGAUUCGGACACCUGUCAUCAGAAACAGAAGCAACAAGUGUAUUUAAAUACUAUUGCACUCUUAGCCGGCGCCUGCGAGAAACAAUGCCCAAGAUUCUGAACCCUGAUCAGCAUUUGCAUGUCAACCUGCCGUUCUGUAUUAUGACAUGCUAAUACUACUAUGUCAACUCACCCAGCAGUGAGAAGACAAAUAAAAAAAUA